UUCAGCUUCUAGCGUGCUUCUUCCAAAUAAAGAAUAGUAAGACGCACUUCAAAGAUUCCAUCAAUUUGGGACUUGAGAGAGUACUAUUGCUCCACUCCCUCCUCGCCACCAUCGGCGGCUACCAUGGUUUUCUCGGAGUUCCGACCGCUCGACGAGAAGACUCUCAUCGAAUACAUAAAGUCCGUUCCUGCUCUCUCCUCCAAACUCGCCAACAGUUUCGAUGACUUGUCAGUUAAAGAAGUCGGAGAUGGCAAUCUUAACUUCGUGUACAUUCUUUCCAACUCCAAAAGUUCUCUUGUCAUCAAACAGGCUCUGCCGUACGUUCGUUGCAUUGGGGAAUCGUGGCCUAUGACAAAGGAGAGGGCUUAUUUUGAGACGCUGGCACUGAAAGAAGAGGGUCGUUUGAGCCCUGAGCAUGUCCCUGAAGUAUAUCACUUUGAUCGGACCAUGUCUUUGAUCGCCAUGCGUUACUUGGAGCCCCCGCAUAUAAUCCUCAGAAAAGGGUUGAUUGCAGGAAUUGAAUACCCUCUUUUAGCUGAGCAUAUGGCUGAUUUCAUGGCAAGGACACUCUUCUUCACGUCUCUGCUUUUCCGCUCUACUACUGAGCACAAACGAGACGUUGCCGAAUUUUGUGGCAAUGUGGAGCUAUGCAGGCUGACUGAGCAGGUCGUUUUCUCUGAUCCUUAUAAAAUUUCCGAAUAUAAUCGUUGGACUACGCCCUAUCUUGACCGUGAUGCUGAGGCUGUCCGGGAAGACAACCUGCUGAAGCUUGAAGUUGCUGAGCUGAAAUCUAUGUUCAUCGAGAGGGCUCAGGCACUAUUACAUGGUGAUCUACACACUGGUUCUGUUAUGGUUACUGGUGAAUCAACUCAAGUUAUUGAUCCAGAAUUUGCAUUUUAUGGACCGAUGGGUUUUGAUGUUGGAGCAUUCUUGGGAAACUUGAUUUUGGCCUUCUUUUCUCAAGACGGAUAUGCUGAUGAAACAAAUGAUCGAAAGGCCUAUAAGGAGUGGAUUCUGAAGACAAUCGAAGACACAUGGAACCUUUUCCAUCACAAAUUCACUUCACUUUGGGAUGAGCACAGUAAUGGUGCUGGUGAAGCGUAUCUUCCAGCAAUCUAUAACAAUCCUGAGGUUCAACUCCUUGUACAGAAGAAAUACAUGACAAAUUUGUUUCACGAUAGUCUUGGAUUUGGUGCUGCUAAAAUGAUACGGAGAAUUGUUGGUGUGGCGCAUGUUCAGGAUUUUGAAUCCAUUGCCGAUGCUGCCAAACGGGCAACUUGUGAACGCCGAGCUCUUGAGUUAGCUAAGAUGCUUCUAAAAGAAAGAAGAAAAUUUGAAGGCAUUGCUGAAAUUAUUUCAACAAUUCGGCAAUACUAACAUCAGCUUUUGCUACAUCAAUAAUACUUUAAUGGAUCAUGUUUCCCAACAUGCCUUUUGGUUUUGUGUACCACUAUAUACCUGUUUCCGAAUUCACCAAAAAAACAUCAUGUACGAAAAAAUUAUUUUUAAGAGAGGUUUGGUGAGAGAUUUUUA